AUGAUGAGCCUUUCGGCUGUCUUCGGGUAAAGUCGGGACCAGACAAAGCUGAACGUUUGGUAAGACACGCCUCUGUCACACAUGAUGUAACAGCAACACACUCAAGGUUAUGAUAUGCAGCAUACGGAAGAAGAGGAAUGGGCUUACAUCUGACAAGUAUCUCCUGAGCAGUCACCAUCUGACAGGAUGCAUAUUGCUGAUUUUGUAUCUGGAUCACUGGCAGGGGCAUGUGGAGUUGCAGUGGGCUACCCGCUGGACACUGUGAAGGUUCGGAUCCAAACCCAGAAACAGUUCACUGGAAUAUGGCAGUGUGUAGUAGCAACAUUUUCAAAAGAAGGGGUCCACGGUUUCUUCAAAGGCAUGUCCUUACCCAUUACCACAAUCUCUUUGACUUCCUCGGUGGUGUUUGGAACAUACAGGAAUUGCCUGCAAUGUCUGAGUCAGGCACGAGGAGCCGGUUAUGGUCCAAACACCAAACUUGAAGUCUUCCUCUCUGGUAUGGCAGGAGGUAUAGCUCAGAUAUCAGUUAUGUCUCCAGGUGACAUAGUGAAAGUACGUCUACAGUGUCAGACAGAGUCCAAGCGACGAGGGACCAAUAUGCCCAAACCCAAGUACCAUGGUCCAAUUCACUGUCUGCUGAGCAUUAUCAAAGAUGAGGGGAUCCUGGGACUCUACAGAGGAGCGCUUCCACUUAUGCUAAGAGAUGGGCCAUCAUAUGCCGCAUACUUCUUGACUUACACAACCAUUUGUGAAUGGCUAACAGACAGCAACAGGAAAAGACCAAAUUGGACCGGUGUGAUGCUUGCUGGGGGAAUAGCAGGAAUGGUAGCUUGGUCAUUAGGAACACCCAUGGAUGUGAUCAAAGCCCGUCUGCAGAUGGACGGGGCUCGGGAGACGAAAAGAUACAAGGGCUUUUAUCACUGCAUCACUGAGACGGUGAGGGUGGAGGGAGUAGAAGUGUUCUUCAGGAGCUUAGGCAUCAACUGUCUGCGUGCAUUCCCUGUCAAUAUGGUGGUGUUUGUUACAUAUGAGGUUCUUACCGGUUUCCUCCGAGAUGGACCUGACCGUUUUGACCCGCCUCGUUUAGGGCUUGAAUAGUAUCAACUACCUCAAGUCACAAUGCCUCAUGUUCUGUUGGUCUUUGUUUGUUUAAUGCUGAUGUUUGUUUAUGCAGUAUUUUUAAGGAAUAAUUGUUUCCACCACCACCAUUGGAACCAUCUGUUACAUAUACGAUAUUCAGUUAGAUCAAGUAAUGUAUACUGAUAUGCUCAGGAAAAAUAUGUCAUUCAUGGUCACUAUUGGUAGAGGGACCAGCAAGCUUCUGACCACUAGAUGGCGUUCCUAGCCUGCUGGUACUCUUUCCUUUGUUUUUCUUUUGCUCUAUGUUUCUGACAAGAAAACAGUCUACAAGUGAAGAAGAAAUCUUAGCAGCAGCAGUUUCAGACUGUUAUAUUAGACAGUUAAAACUUAAUAUUGAGUGCAAUAUUUGACUGCAUUCAGGACCUUUUAAGGCCCAUCAAUGAACUGCAGUGUGCACAAUUUACAGCAGAAAGGAUGAUACCCAUUCAUGCCCAUGCAGCAUAUAUGCAUAUCAUAAGUCCUAUUGCUGCUUAUUUCCAUACCAGUCACAAAAUGGUAAAACAGGACAAUCCAAAUAAAACAUCAUAUGUUGAUAUUUUAAACCUUGAUAUACUGGACUUAUGAAAAUGUUAUUCUAUAAUUGCACUUGUUACUGCAAAAGUAGCUGCUGUCAUAACUCAGUGGUCACUGCAAAUUAUCUGUAUAUCAACUAAUUUCUUUCCUAAAAUGCAAAUGGAUAUUUUAGGUACAGUCACUGAUGUGUGUCUGGAUUUUAAGAGCAGCUUUUGGAUUUAGAAUGGGGGAUACUAAGUUUGGACAGCACGGUGGUGCAGCGGUUAGCACUGUUGCCUCACAGCAAGAGAGUUCCAGGUUCGAAUCCCUUCUGUGUGGAGUUUGCAUGUUCUCUCUGUGCCUGCGUGGGUUUUCUCCAGGCGGCUUCCU